GGAAGAAUUCGACACUAGCUAUAAGUUAGCAGAUUGGAAGACAAGAUUGAAGGAAUUAUCGAACAUUGGACUUGGGGACAUGCAGAAUUGGCUAUUACAAUGAACGUGUGAAUAAGUGCUUAUAUUGUACGUUGUUAUUUUCUCACGACAUAUGGAUAUCUGGAAAUGUUAGUUGUUUGUUGCCAUCUCAAAAAAAAAAAAACUAGCUAGCUAACUGACUAGCUCUAUGGCUAUAACACAAUGAUCAGUCAGCAAGCUGCUCGCUACUUUAGGACAGCUACCUAGCCGUGUUAAUAAGAGACACUCAGCCUCUUGGUAAUGGGGACAUGAGUUCACGGGAAGCUGUAAUACAAUUUAUAUGAUCAUUUAUUCUGCUCUGUAAGUGUUUAGGUCUUGCUGGAUGCGAGCGUGGUUAUUUUAUGUGUUGUCAAGCAUCAUACGUGGAUUCCUAAGGGCAAAUUGGCCUAACUAGCUAGCUAGCUUGCUAACAUAAUUAACCUGAAUCCACUGUUCUGCUGUGGGCUAAUAAAUUGUUACUCUGUUCGUUUGUUAGCUGACUGGCUAGCCAAAGAAAUCGUUAUUUCCUAAUCUAGUGUGUGUUCGCUGUUAUAGCCAGUUAGCCAGCUGUUUCGCUUAUGGUGGCUGUUGAAUUGGUGAACUGUUAGACAUUUAUCUUAAAAUGGUCUAACAUGCCAUACAAGACAUUUCAGUUUCACUGGCGAGUAUGCUAGCUAGCAUAGCUGCACAGCCAUUGAACUUCCAGUGAUUUAGCUUAGCGAGCUAUGCUAGCUGGCUAAUUUUGACAUAUUAAGAGGACUAAUUUUGUAAGAACUACCUGAGCGACAACUUGUGUUGAUACAUUAGACGCGUUCCUGGGAAACGGUUUUGAUUCGACUGCUGGUUCUAGUCAAGGUUAACUGACGUUAACCAGCGUUUGGAAAUGUGGUAGUUGAAUGUUGGCUAGCUAGGAAAGCUAGCCUGGUCUUGCUAUUCAAAUACGUUAGCUAACUUCUAACUACCGAUUAGAGGUGGGCUAGCUUCCUCCAUGCUAGCUAUUCUAACAAACUCAGUUGUCGUUUCUGCUUAGUUAGCGUAAUCUUUCCGAAGCGUAGAUUAAGGCCACGGAAUACCUUUCGAAAAUUAGUUCGAAAAAAUCUGCUUUCCUUUAAUUGGACUCAUUAGGAUUUCUAGAUUUUCUAACCAAGCUAGCUGACUAACUUGUAUAGCUACCUGGCUAAUCGACAUAUAGCAGCCUUGCCUUGUUAACGUUAGUUGAUGUCAGGAUAUCAGUGGUCGUUAGCUUUCCAAACGAAUGAUAUCUUUCAGCUAACGCCCCUUGAAUGUCUGUGUAAAUCACAGUUGGUGUUGACCUAGCUACGUUUUAGCUUUUCGUUGAUAAAGGUGAGAAAAUUGUGAUGAGAAAGCGGCUAACAUUAUGUCGGCCUGCACCAGGCUGCCUCAGUGAGGUUAAAACAGUAAGGUAGGCAGCUAGCUAAAUGGUUUGUACGUUUUUCAAAUAUGAGGUCGCGUCAUCAUCACUAUUUACCGUUAUAUAUUUUUUAAAAAUGGAACAGGCUUCCUUCUUAUUUCCGACAGCUGACAGAUGCAUGUGUGCAAUAUCUCAGGAGUCCGAAGCUGUAGGCUAUACAACAUUUGUAGCUAGAAUACAGCAAUAGUCUUAGCAAAUGGUGAAAACUUUGUCCUUUAAAAUCUCCUUAGGUCUGUUGACGUUCUUUUUGAACGCUAUCUAAUACAUAUCUAUUGGUAUUUCUAAACUUACACAAGCCGAUCUUAUCAUUAAGGCUGGGUUAUUUUUUGCCAGUUACUGGAGUAAAAUUGGGAAAUACUUUUUGAAUCAGUGUAGUUUAGUCGGUGUCCAACAACCCUGUAUUGUUUUUGGGUAAUAUGUAGAUGCGGUUUCUUGUUUUGAAACUUGCUAUCAGAAUGAUCCUUUUAUUUAUUGAAGUGUGUUUAAAGGUGCUAGAGAAUUGUAAAGAAACCAAACCAAGCUGUUUUGAUAACUGCUCAAGAUGGAUAUUUUCACAUAAUCCUUGAGUUAGAAUUGUGCCAAAAUCCCUUAACAAACUGCACUGUAAAGGUAUACUGGAUAAGCAUGUGAUUGUACCAGUUUACAUAGAAAGAGCACAGUCCAAGACUCAGUUGUCUCAGUCAAGGCUAAUUGUUGGGCAGGCUUGCUUGAUAAGUCAAUGAGCGUGCAGCAUUGGACCCCAAUGGAAGUGCUACAGCAGAGACAUUGAGAAGGGGUUUUUAUCUACGUGGAAGCAGAUUUGUCUUGUGCCAUCUCCUCUAAAAGACAAAGAUGGGCUCUCAAGCACUACAGAUAUUGCGACAGGGGGUAUGGGCCUCGCUUACUGGAGGCUGGUAUGUUGACCCCCAUCAGAGCACCUUUUCCAACUGCUUCCAUCUCUACCUCUGGAUAUUCCUUUUGGCCUUCCCUUUUCUUCUGUACAUGGCUCUACCACCCACUAUAGUGGUAGCCGGGGCAUAUUGUGCUGUGGUGGCGGUCUUCUUCACUGCCGUUAAAGUGGUCAACUUCCGCUUACAUGCCAUGUUCGACUUGGGCGAGAUUGUGGAGAAGAGGCAGGCCUCACUCACCACAGACGCGCAAAGAGUGGAGGAGGGCGACGAGGCCCCUGCGGCUCAGAACGGCAGCCAACACAGGGACAGUGGGGUUGGCGUGGAGAUGACCGUGUUCAGAAAAGUGAACUCAACACCUCCAGUUCGCUGCAGCUCCCAGCACUCCCUGUUUGGCCUGAACCAGGUGUCGGAAUUUUUGCCACAACUUGAAGACCCAGGAGGAUCAAAGGAUAUCAAAGAGCUGUUGAAGGAGCAGGGCAGUGAAAGUGGCACCUCUGCACACAGAGAGGCCCUUCGCCACAACUCUCAGGAUGCAAUCAGAGUGAGCGGCGUGGUCCAGUCCUGCCUGGCUGCAGCCCUAGCUGGGGAUUUCCCUGCCAUCAUGGGAGUGGGUGGAGUGAUGUCAGCAGGUUUUGGGAGCCUGCACCCAACAGACUGCCCCUCCAUUCCUCCCUCCCCCUCAAGCCAGGAGGACGGAGAAGACAAGGAGCAGGUGACGGCUGGCAGGGGCGCAGACGCAGCAGCGGUGCACCAGGCUCCGCAGCUCGCCGAGGAGUGUGCCCUGGAGGGCUAUGCCCCCCUUGGCCCGUCGGCGGAGUCCGAGAGCCUGGGCGACGCUCCCCUCAGCCCCCUCAUCAAGAGCAGCCUGAGCGAAGAGCUGAGCGAGAAUCUGCUGGGCCUGGGCCUCGACCCGGUGGCCUUUGGCCCAGCCACACAGCGCGCGGGCAGCCGUGGCGGCGUGGCCCUGGCCGCCGGCUCCACGGACAGCUGCUUCAGCGGUGGCGGCGCUGCCACUGACCGUGAGACCCUCAGCACGGUCAGCAGCUACCGCAGUGAGAAGACGGACUCCACCCAGCUGGAGAGCCCGUCGCUGGGCCAGACGCAGCACGCGGCCCUCGCGCUUGCCUCCGCGUCCCCGGCUCAGGGUCAGGGCCCCUGCCAGCGGCCGGAGGACCCCGCUUUCCUGGGAGGCAGCGACACGGACGACCUCUCGGACAGCGAGUUGCUGCGCUCGCCCUCCAAAGAGCUGUCCUCCGGACAGGGCCUGGACAGGACGUUGGUGGAGGGGGAGGACGUGCCCCCUCUGCCCACGGGCGUUGCGCAGGCCCCCUCCCUGCAGGACUCCUCCCCGUCCAGCAGCGGCCCUUCGGACACCUGCGACGUGGGCCGGACCAUCCCCAUCCCCCCUCUCCCCCCUCCGCGGCAGGCCAACUCCGUGCCCUCGGGGCUGGCGCUCGGGCUGGUGUGCUCCGAGCCCGCCCUCCCCGUCACCUCGCCACCUUACCUGCUGAGCGAGCCCCCUUCCCUGCAGGCGCAGCAGCAGGUGGUGCGGCCCAAGGACCUGAAGCUGCUGCGCGCAGGGGGCAGCGUGGGCCACCGGCCCGGUCGCAGGAAAGCCCCGCGCAAGCGCGGCACUGCAGGCAGCAGCAGCUUCGACUGUGGCUCCUACCGCCGGCACCACAACCGCAGCCAGCACCGGGACUACAUCCCCGUGCGCAGUCGCCUGGGUGCCAAGGCCUACAGCGAGAGCCUGUUCGAGGACUCCAGUGACGAGGACGACGGCAGCGACCUGAGCGCCGGCUCCAGCCUGGGCUCCCAGCGCCACUUCAGCUCGGACGACGAAGACGAGGAUGAGGACGACUCCAGUUCGUCUACGUCCUGCUACUCUCCCGAUAUGGCCAACGGCGUGGCCUCCGCCCCACCUGUGCCUGUCCCCCAGCUCCCUAGCCCCAGUGAGGGGGAGGAGCCAGACUCAGUAGGCCCCUCCCAUUGCCGCAGUGCCCAGCGCUCAGCCAGCACAGCCAGUGCCAAGACCCACGCCAGAGUGCUCAGCAUGGACGGGGCCGGCAGCGGCCAUGCCAACACGGCCACUCUGGCUUCCACCCUCAUGCCGUUACCCGUCUCGUCCACCCCUGCCCCGCGACCUCUCACCGUCUCUAAAUCUGAUCUGGAGGCUCGCACGGGCCACCCGGAGGCCCUUCUAAGGGCCCACCACAGGCUGGACUCACUGGGGGGCUCGUGGGCUGGGAACCAGACAGGCUGGAGGGCCGGAGAGCUGCUGGAGGAGGGGGCAGUAGGAGGAGCACUGGCCGCUGAAGACGGCCUCAAGCGUGACUCGGUGAGCAGUGUGAAGAGGACCCAGGCCAUCCGCAGGCGGCACAAUGCAGGCAGCAACCCCACACCGCCCCCCUCAGCCAUGGGCUCCCCGCCCAGCCUCCAGGACCUCCAGAGGGCCCGUGCCUCCUCCCAUUCCCGCGCGCGGGCCCUCCCCUCCGCCCUGCAGUUCGCCUCCUCGCUGCUGCUGCCCCGCAGCGGUGUGCAUGAGGCCUCCACCUUCGACGACACGUCUGAGGGAGCCGUGCACUACUUCUACGACGAGAGCGGGAUAAAGAGGUCCUACACGUUUGGACCCGCAGGAGGAGGCUAUGAGGACCCCGUGCAGGAGCGGGAACGGCAAUCGCAGUCGUCGAGCUUCACUUCCACCGACGUUCAGGACGUGGCACCGGUGCUGUCCAUGCUGCAGCCUCGGCCCGUGGUCCUUCAGGGCAUGCAGGUGCGCAGGGUGCCCCUGGAGAUGCCCGAGUUUGACCUGGAUCACGAGUCCCUGCACGAGUCUCAGGAGAACACGCUGAUGAUCGAGGAGAAGGCCAAGCCGAAACAAUACUACCGGUUCUGGGUGCUGCCAGGGAAGUGGCUCAGGGUGCGCUACGACCGGCUGGCCCUGCUCGCAUUGCUGGAUCGGAACCGGCGUGUAGGGGAGAACAUGUUUGCGGUCCUGCUGGCCAGCCUGGUGGCCUUCCUGGGCUUCCUGCUGCUCCUCCACGGCUUCUUCCGGGACAUCUGGGUCUUCCAGUUCUGCCUCGUCAUCGCCAGCUGCCAGUACUCCUUACUGAAGAGCGUCCAGCCCGAUGCAGCUUCUCCAAUGCACGGCCAUAACUGGAUUAUCGUGUACAGCCGGCCAGUGUACUUCUGCCUGUGCUGUGUACUGAUCUGGGUGUUUGACCUGACGGGUCAUGCCCACAGCCUGCAGCACUUCUCCCUCUACGGAGUGGUCUUCUUCUCAGCCCACUUCUUGCUGUGCGCCAGAGACAUGCUCAUCGUCUUCACCCUCUGUUUCCCCGUCGUCUUCCUCUUUGGGCUUCUGCCUCAGGUUAACACCUUCCUCAUGUGUCUGCUUGAGCAGGUGGACAUGCACGUGUUUGGUGGAACUGCCGCCACAAGCCCGCUGUCCUCACUCUACAGCCUGAUACGCAGCGUGCUGGCAGCAGCUGUCGUUUAUGGGUUUUGCCUCGGUGCCAUCAGUGCUCCAUGGGGGGAGGCUCAUGUGCCAGUGCUGUUCUCUGUGUUCUGUGGCCUCCUCCUUGCCCUGUCCUACCACUUGAGCAGGCAAAGCAGUGAUCCCACCAUCCUGUGGUCUUUGGUCCGUUCCAAAUUCUUCCCCGAGCUGGAGAGCCGCACCCCUGAGGAGCCCCCGCUGGAGAUCAAGGACCCUCUGCCCGAGAAACUGCGCAACUCUGUGAAGGAGAUUUUGCACUCAGACCUGGUUGUGUGUCCACUCAUGGCCAUCAUCACCUUUGCCAUCAGUGCCAGUACUGUCUUUAUCGCUCUGCAGCCAGCUCUCAGUUUUGUCCUGUACAUCCUGGCCGGGGUGGUGGGCUUCCUCGCGCACUACCUGCUGCCUCAGCUCCGCAAGCAGCUGCCCUGGUUCUGCCUGUCCCACCCCGUGCUGCGCUCCCACGAGUACAGCCAGUUCGAGGUCCGGGAUGCCGCUCAGCUGAUGUGGUUUGAGAAGCUGUACGCCUGGCUCCAGUGUGUGGAGAGAUACUUCAUCUACCCCGCCGUGGUGCUAAACUCCCUGACCACGGAGGCCCACGCAGUCAGCCAGAACCCCGACAAGCCCGGCGCCUAUGGCCGGGCCCUCUUCAUCUCCGUGGCCGGGAUGAAACUCCUGCGCUCGUCCUUUUGCGCGCCCUCCCAGCAGUACGUCACGCUCUGCUUCACCAUCCUCUUCUUCCAGUUCGACUACCCCCGCUUCUCCGAGACCUUCCUCCUCGACUACUACUUCAUGUCCAUCCUCUUCAGCAAGCUCUGGGACCUGCUGUAUAAGCUGCGGUUCGUGCUGACCUACAUUGCCCCAUGGCAGAUCACCUGGGGCUCCGCGUUCCACGCCUUCGCCCAGCCCUUCGCCGUGCCACACUCAGCCAUGCUGUUCGUGCAGGCGGUCUUCUCCGCCCUCUUCUCCACCCCCCUCAACCCCGUGCUGGGCAGCGCCGUGUUCGUCACUUCCUACACCCGCCCUGUCAAGUUCUGGGAGCGAGACUACAACACCAAGAGGGUGGAUCACUCCAACACACGGCUGGCCACGCAGCUCGACCGCAACCCCGGCGCUGACGACAACAACCUGAACUCCAUCUUCUACGAGCACCUGACGCGCUCGCUGCAACACUCCUUGUGCGGGGACCUGCUGCUGGGUCGCUGGGGCAACUACGGCACGGGCGACUGCUUCAUCCUGGCCUCGGACUACCUCAACGCCCUCGUGCACCUCGUCGAGGUUGGCAACGGCCUCGUCACCUUCCAGCUCCGAGGCCUGGAGUUCAGGGGCACGUACUGCCAGCAGCGGGAGGUGGAGGCCAUCACGGAGGGCGUGGAGGAGGACGAGGGCUGCUGCUGCUGCGAGCCCGGCCACCUGCCCCACAUGCUCUCCUUCAACGCCGCCUUCGGCCAGCGCUGGCUCGCCUGGGAGGUGGCCGCCACCAAGUACGUGCUGGAGGGCUACAGCAUCAGUGACAACAACGCCGCCUCCAUGCUGCAGGUGUUCGACCUGCGCAAGAUCCUCAUCACCUACUAUGUCAAGAGUAUCAUCUACUACGUGAGCCGCUCGCCCAAGCUGGAGGAGUGGCUGGCAAAUGAGUCUGUGCGGGAGGCUCUAAGACCCUGCCUCAGUACGUCCUACGUGGAUAGUGACCCCACCUUCAACCUGAACAUCGACGAGGACUACGACCACCGGGCCUCCGGCAUCACCCCCACGGCCUUCUGCAUGGUUUACCUGGACUGGAUCCAAUACUGUAACAGCCGCAGGCAGAAGCCUGUGCACAGCGAGAGAGACUCCCCAUUGGUCACACUCUGUUUUGGGCUGUGCAUCCUGGGCCGCAGAGCUCUGGGCACGGCGUCCCACAGCAUGUCUGCCAGCCUGGAGCCCUUCCUCUACGGACUCCACGCUCUGUUCAAGGGGGACUUCCGCAUCACUUCGCCCAGGGACGAGUGGGUGUUCGCAGACAUGGACCUGCUGAAUCGGGUGGUGGCGCCCGGCGUGCGCAUGUCCCUGAAGCUUCACCAGGACCACUUUACCUCUCCGGACGAGUAUGAGGAUCCUGUGGUGCUGUAUGACGCCAUCACUGCCAACGAGGAGAAGCUGCUGAUCUCCCACGAGGGCGACCCAGUGUGGCGCAGUGCCAUCCUGGCCAACAUGCCCUCUCUGCUGGCCCUGCGCCACGUCAUGGACGACGGCAGUGACGAGUACAAGAUCAUCAUGCUGAAUAAGCGCUUCCUCAGCUUCCGCGUCAUCAAGGUGAACAGGGAGUGUGUGCGUGGGCUGUGGGCCGGGCAGCAGCAGGAGCUGGUCUUCCUGCGCAACCGCAACCCAGAGCGGGGCAGCAUCCAGAAUGCCAAGCAGGCCCUGCGCAACAUGAUCAACUCCUCCUGUGACCAGCCCAUCGGAUACCCCAUCUACGUCUCCCCCCUCACCACCUCGUACGCUGGGGGCCACACCCAGCUCCACUCCGUCUGGGGGGGACCGGUUAGCCCUCACAACAUCUACACCUGGUUCAUCAGCAGCUGGGACAGGCUUCAGAAGGGUUGUGGUGCAGGCUGCAACAGUGGGGGGAAUAUAGAAGACUCGGACUGCGGCGGCGGCUCGACCUCCAUCAGCAACAACCCUUCGAUUCACCCUCCCCAGAGCACGGCACCCACCAUGCCCCUGUCGCACCUCGCCACCUCCCAGCCAUCCAUGGGCACGGACAAUCCCCUCGGACCUAGCUGGCCCGUUCACUCCCAGCCCCUCCCCCUGGCCCUGUUCAGCCAGUCGGAGAGCAGGGCAGACGUGGGCUUGGUCACAUCUCUCCACCGGACUUCCUCCAUCCAGGGGCUGCUGGGACAGCACCUGUCCAGCUCACAACUGUCCUUCAGUGGCUCUGUGGCCUUGCCGCCGGCCGAGCGCUUCUGCCCAGGCAGCCUGCAGGACAACCCCAGCCACAGGGCCUCCCAAAGGGGUCUUGGACUGGGCUUGGGCCAGGGUAGCGCACUGCCCUACGAGGGCCUCUACAGUAAGUGGAGUCUGUCGGGCAGGAAAGGCUUCAACGGGCCAGCAGCGGUAGAAGGGGAUGGAGGCCUGUCUCAGAGCGUACGCACUCAUACUUCCCAGGUGUACCAGCCUGUCCCACCUCCCCUGCCCCAUGAGGUCAGUCCAAUGCUGGAUCCGGUGGGCGUGGCUGUCCCUACUGAGACCACACCCCUGACGUCAGAUCCUCCCAGCGUGCGGGAGGAGUCUACAGAACUGCCUUUACUUGAGCACCUGCGCUGAGCCUUCACAGACUAACCUGCAGAACUAGUAAACCAAGUAAAUCAAGUAACGCUGGGCUCUGCCGCCCAUCCCUGAGCCCAUCGUCACUCGGCCAUUUGUAGAACAAUGUGGAGGAUUGGAAAAAGCUCCUCAUCACAUCAGGUCUAGCUGACCUCCCAAAGCCCAUCAUGGCUCUUUCUGUGCUUUAUGCCUUUGCAGUAAUGGGUAUUAUUGAAAGCAUUUUCUCUAGACUUACUCCAUACGAGGGCACACCAGGAAACAUUGUUGUAUUCAGGUCAAAAUAUAAACCAAGUAAUGAACCUGUUUGAUGGAUCCUCAAUAUUUUGGCCUCAUUGCUCACAAGCCAACAAGAAAGCCAAGCCAGUGCCGUCGAGACUGAUAUUAUUUUAAAUUGUCUCCCCCCCCCCCUUCAUGUAAUGGUUGGUCUCUGAAGAUUUUUUUUUUUUAAAAAAACCCUCAAAAAUCCUUUAACACAACCACGGAGGAGAAAAAAAAGGGAACUCGUAGUACUUCUGUAGCAAAGCAGUUGGCAAAAGUCCUCUGGCUGCGUCCUAUUCAUAUGUACUGAGGAGACCCACUAGAGCCAGUAAACGUAUGACUGCUGUUCUGCAGAUAUGGACAUUGACUGACACACACACACACACACCCCUCUCUAUCUCCAUAGGCCCCUUCACGUGCAUCACAGCGGAGUCUCUUGACUAAAUCUGUAUAUUUCAAGCACCAAAGGACUUGGACUUUGACCUCCACCCUCUGUCCCACAGAACACAUUCCACAGAGCUGUCUGACUUAACGAAGCGUAGCGCUCUCAGACGCCCGUUAGCCAGCCAUCCUGUCGCGGCCACGGUAGCUGCAGACAGCAAGAGGCCGCUGUCAACCAGCUUCAGGGAUAUGACUCGAACCCGCACCCGGACGUACUUUUGACUCUCACCCCCCCCCCCCCCCUUUUUGGUGCUCCUCCCUCCACAGUUUACAGCCCGUUCAGGAGAGGACAUGGGUCUGAAGCAUGGGAGUCCUGGGUAGCACAGGUGGAGCCAAACUGAAACACAAGACCCAAGGAUCACUGACAAACUAGUGCCCCCAUUCACAUCCGUGAGAGGGGCGUUUUUCCUGGCGUGUGAAUGAGGGUAUACCUGCCUCUUCCCCUCCAAAUGCAUGUUUCUGUAUCUAGACCACGCAGAUUUGCCGGUGGCUGCUUUUCCGGUCGCUGACAACACGCUGUGCUCUGGACUUGCUGUAGUGGGAGGAAUACAGUGCAGCCCCUUUUUAGGGCCUUUUUUGCUUUCUUACUGCUGUCGAUCAGCUAGCACCUGCAGUACAGCCCCCCCCACUGCGAUACUACUGCUACUGCACCAUCCCCUUACUACUAAUAGAACUACUACUACUGCUCCUUUUGACUUUUUUAAAUCUCCAACGUUUUAGUUGGAAGAACUUUGGGGGGUGGGGGGGGGGGUGAA